AUAAUAGUUCUGAGGCAACGGAGCCGUCGACUAGAGGAGCAUAACCCUAGAGCCGAGCCGGAAGAGCGCGCGAACACGAGCGGGGCAAACCGAUUCAAUGAAGCAAAAAGAGUGAAACAUAACGGUUCCCACGAGCCACACUCCUCGUCUGAUCUCUCUCUCUCUCUCUCUCUCUCUCUCUCUCUCUCUCUUUCUCUUAUCUGUUCUCAUCCUUCCCCUAUUCCUAUCUCUCUCUUCUAUUCCUCUCUCGUCGGACAACAGUAAAACCUUUGACUUCUCUUUCCUCGCUACUGAGAAGAAGAAAACCUGUGGUCUCCCUCUCUCUCCCCAUCGAAAUCUUAUCUUGAAUUUAGUGUGCCGAGAGGAACUCUUCUUUGUGGCGUUGUCUUUGUCAGGGGUAAUUGUCUGUUGUCUGUUGUGCUUCACUUUCUAGGGCUUUGUCUCUCGUUGCGACGAAUGAGGGGUCUUUAUAGUGUAGGUCGUUUUUUGGUUUUGAGUUUUCGGAUUAUGUCUUCAAUGGUGUUCUAAUUUUUUUUAAAAAUUGUUUUCUUCUUUUGCUUGUGAACUGCUGGAGCCUUUUGUUUUCAUGGACAGAAUGAAAAAGAAAAGCAGAGGCCUUGAUUCAGUUCUCUUCUUUUGGUAUUUUCUUGUUUUUAAUGUGAUUACUUUUUUAUUUUUUAAUGUUGUAAUAGGUGCUAUUAGAGACGGGAUUCGGCUCUUGGCGUUGGUGGUCAUAUUUUUUCAAAAUUAAUUGCCAUGACAACUGCAUAAUUUUAGUUUAUUGGCUGACCUUGAAUCACGGAUCACUUGAAUAUGGGUGUGCGUGCGCGUGUUUUUAAAUUACUGAGAUCCUUUAGAAGUCAAUUAUGCACCAAAACACGAAAUUAAUUAUGGAAAUUUGUUUCAUGGAAUAUAUAUAUAUAUGCAUACAUUAGAAACUUUCGUUUGAUCCACAUAUAUUCCUUGACUUGCUUAUGUGAAACUGAUAUAGGAGGUCAUGUACUGUGUCACGUUCCUUUUACUUAAUGUACACUGUUGUAGUGCCGAUAUAUCCAUAUCAGUUAGUAAAUAGGGGAUUUUGACCUUCUGCAUGAGUGGUUUCUUCCUCCAUUUGAUAAUUGGAUUGCCUCCAAAUCAAGUUAUUUUUAUUUGACUUUUUAGUUUGAGGGCUUUGAUGGGUAAAAAAGUACAACACUCAUUUGGCUGAACUUAGUGACUUUAAUUUUGUUUGCUUUCUCUACUAAAUGAAGUAGUUUCUUUAUUCAUAUCUUCCUCUAUUAUGCCAAUGGGUAUUUACUGGAUGUUGAUUUGUUAAGAAAGUUAAUAAUAAUAGCUUGAAAAGCUUUUAGCCCUGUUUGUUGGAAGAAAAGAAUUGUUUGCCAAUUGAUUGUUAGAAAAGAAUAGUUCAAGAAGAUGAGUAUUUUCACCAGCUUCAAUGUAUAAUGGUAGAUAAACCAUCCUCACAGUUGUAAUGGGUAUUUAGUUAUUUAUACUUUUAUCAAUAAAAAUUAAUCUGGUUGUUCAGAACUGGAAUUUUGUAUUAUUCUUAAUAAAAGGAAAAUAUUAAACAAGCGAUUCAUUUUGUGUGUGGCCUGCUCUGUUGAACACUGAACCCAAAAUUUUUCAUUUGUUUUUAUUAGGACCAGAAAUCAGCACCAUAGUGCAAAGACUCUAUGGUUAACUUCCAAAACCAUUCUAAUGAACUCCUGCAACAAAGUAUAAUCCUCCUUUUGGUGACUCCCUGUUAAGAAGUCCAAACAACUGAUUACAUCCUCACAGUUGUAAUCAGUUGUUUUAUGGAUUUUUUUUUUUUUUGCCUAAUCAUAUGACAAUAUUUGGUUGGGCAAUACCUGUUAUAUAGUUUAACUCUUUCCUGUUGUUUGAUGCAUAAUUUGUCGAUUAACUGGUGAUAUAUUCUCAGUGAAUCAUAAUUUAGAGUGGCCAGUGACCAUGUUUAUCAAUAAUGUUUCCAGUGUACAUAGGGAAGGAAGUUAAGUUAUUGUGAUAAGGUGGAAUCUUUUGGUUGACAUGUCUAUCAUGCUAUGGUGUGGUUAUUUUUUAUAAUUUGUGGCAAUGGCGGCUGUGAAGAGACAGAAACGAUUUAAGAAUGCCAGCACUAAUAGUUCUUGGGAGCAAGGCAGGGCAAGAAAGAAGAAACUGAGAUUGCUGAAACAUGAUUUAAAUGAGAGGUCUAAUAUUGCACUUGAGUGGGAUGAUAAGAACAGGAGUGUUGUUGCCAGGAGGGAACAGAUUGGAUUAGCAUGGAGAGACCUGAUUCCAUUUGUUGAUUAUGUUCCUCAUUCCCACAAUAUCUUGACUGAUGUUCUUGCCAUUCCUAGCGAAAUUUUUGACUUGGAAAAUUUGAAAGAGGUGCUUUCUUUUGAGGUAUGGCAGACUCAUCUAUCUGAAAAUGAGAGAAACUAUCUUUUACAGUUUCUUCCUGAAGGAGCUCAGACACAUCAAGUUGUCAAAGAAUUGCUUGCAGGGGAUAACUUUCACUUUGGGAAUCCUCUUCUCAAAUGGAACAAUGUUUCAAGGCAAGUAAGAACUCGUACUACUCAGAGUUACAGAAGUACCACAAUGAGUAUGUACCGUACAGGAGUUGCCUCUUUUCUGCUUUGUAUUGUACAUUAUUCAUCUUCAAUUCUGUUCUUUUUCAAUUGUAUAGUCAAAAAUUUGUGUGCUCCCUCUGUCAGCAUGAUUGUUGGUCUACUGAUGUUAAAGGAAAGAUGGGCCAGCUGCAAGGAUUUUGCAAAGGAAGUUGGGAACAAGAUAUGGAGAUUUCAUGAUGCUGAGGUGGACCUUGAAACCUUGUCUGAGUCUGGUUCUUGGGCUGCUGACGGGGAAGCAGAUAAUAGUUAUAACCAGAACUUAAUAAGGAAGCACAGAGAACCAUAUAAAAGGCUUGUGAAUGUUGCCUCUGUAAACCCAAUUCAAAUUUUCAUUGGCAUCUUCUGUUGUCCAGCUGUGAAAAGCAUUAUGGAGGACAACUGUGAUACAUUGUCAGCUGGCCUCAAGAUGGUAGCAAUACCUAGAAGAGGAGAAAAACUUCUCAAUCAAGAUGUCCAUGGUGAUGAUGGUUUCAAAUAUAUGCCUUACAUUAAGGCUAGCAGGGAGCAGCAUCAAUGUGGUAAGAGUAGUAUGAAGGAGUCUGGCAAUAGUAAUCCCUCUAGGUCCCUUAAUCGUGCCUUGGGUAACCUGGACACUUUUCAUGUCCAAAUGUUCCAGGAAGAAGAAUGGAAGAAGUUGCAUCAACAUUGGGUGCAGUUAGCAACCAGAGACCUUCCAUUAUCGUGUGCAAACCGGAGGAUGUUGCAGUUGAGGAAAUGGCAAUUAGCACGACUACUGGAACAAGAAAUGGAAGAAAAACUAAAUUCUUUGAAUGAGGAUGGGGUGGAAGAUUGCGCUCAUGUUAUGCUACCUGAUCUGAGAAAGAACAGAACAUCAGACUCUGGAGCAACAAGUAUGCGUCCGCCCAAGGUUGAAUUCGGGAGUUCGCAUGUGGAGCACAUCAACGAUAGAGAAGAAAAACAUCAAUCUACCAUUGCAUUAUCAGAGGACCAGCAGGUCGGCGACCAUGCAACCGCGAAGCCGAAUGAAAUCCCCCCUCGUGAAUCAUCAUCAUCAGAGUAUGAACAAAGUUUGAACGGUAAUCGUGUGAAGGUAGCUCUUAAUCAUCGUUCUGCUUCUCUAAGCUAUGGAAACAGCGACAGGUCCUUGUCGUUGAUCGAUCCAUGGCCCGACGAAGAGGGCCAUGGUCGAAAUGAGCUGCUGCCGCUACAGGAGGGAGCAGUACUGAGUUUUAUGAAAUGA